AUGUCCGAGCGAGGUUCAUUCCGAGGUGGCCGCGGCGGUGGCCGUGGUGGUCGACCCCAGCAGAAACGUGGCGGUGGUGGCGGUGCCCAAGAAAAGCCCAAGAAGGAAAACAUCCUCGACCUGGGCAAGUAUAUGGACAAGGAGGUUCAGGUCAAGUUCAAUGGCGGCCGUGAGGUCACCGGAACCCUUAAGGGCUACGACCAGCUGAUGAACCUUGUCCUCGAUGAUGUCAAGGAAUCCAUGCGCGAUGAUGAGGGUAACCAGACUACCCGCUCGCUGGGUCUCAUUGUUGCCCGUGGCACUCUCAUCGUUUUGAUCUCCCCCGCCGAUGGAAGCGAGGAGAUCCCCAACCCGUUCGUGCAGCCUGAAGAGUAA